GCAGAGAAAAAGAACAAGCCAUUUACUCUUUGAGUAUAGUAAUGUGAUGGAGAGCAGUGGACUCUUCUCGCUUGUCUUAUACAGUUGUACUCAGUUGUACUCGUCAUUUUGCACAUUCUCAUUGAUUGUCUGUCACCGUUAUGAUGUUUUAUUACCGUAAAAUACCUCGGUCAUAUCGAUCACAUUUGUACAACGUCCAUUGUCAUAUAUGUAUACUUCACUACGGAUCGUAAUCAUUAACGUACGCGGCAGGCAGAAAGGAGUGAGAAAGAAGAGCGAGUGGGCGGAAGGGAGAAGGAGAAGACACUCGAACUCGAGCCGCUCAAGAUUUAGAGGCGAACAAGCGGGUAAACGAGACGAGAUGCGCGUUAUCAUGAACGACGAUCGUGACACGAAACGUCAUAAACGUCGUUCAUCGGGGACUGUAAGGGUAAUGCGGAUCGCCACCCGAUGAUUAUUUAAUCAUGUCCAUUUGGUGCCGCUCGCUCGUAGACGAACGCCAGCGACCAGUAGCGGCAGUAAUCGCCGCGUGAAUCACCUUUCUCUCCGUGUCACUGGAAUAUGCCACAUUCUUCUGCAUAUAUAUCCACGAAGUCGUGCGUGUAACACGGUAAUACAUAUGAAUAUAUACGUAGUUCGAGACUGUGUGUAGGAACGAUUUGGAAAAGCCAUCAUAUUGAUUCUCGGUGACGUUCGGUAGUAGGUUGUGUGAUAGACGACGGCCAGUGACCGUCAAUGACUUGUGGUCUCAAGCAUUCCGGCCGGUUAUAUCUCGUCCGAGUUAGAAAUGCAAUUCUGAAUCGGUCAUUUUCGAUCGCGAGGAAGGGACGGGCUCCUGUACGCGCGCAAAACUUGUGUGUUCGGCUGUCGUUUGUUACGUUGGUUUGUUAUUGUCGUGACGGCAGCUAAGGAGAAAAGCACGGAAGGAAGGAAGUAAGGAAGGAAAGUGGCGACGAAGACGGAGGAGGAGGAAGAGGGAGAGCGAGAGUGAAUGAGCGUGAGCGAGAGAGAGGCAGGGCGAGAGGCAAGAUGGCGAGCUCCUUAACGUGGUCGUGUUGCCUGCGUUUCCAAUUCAGCCCGGAGGAAAUCGAGCAGCGGUACAAGAGCCAGGAGAUUGACCGGAUGCUGGAGAAGGACCGGCAGACGUUUCGCCGGCAGGUGAAGCUGCUAUUGCUCGGCGCUGGCGAGAGCGGCAAGUCGACAUUCCUCAAGCAGAUGCGGAUCAUCCACGGGAUCAAGUUCGAGCCUGAAUUAAUUAAGGAAUACCAACAUGUGAUCUACCAAAAUAUAAUAAAGGGUAUGAAGGUUUUAGUGGAUGCACGGGAUAAGUUAAAUAUUCCCUGGGAGAAUCCUAAGAAUUACGACAUUGGCUUUCAAUUACUUAAGUUCGAGAAUACUAUGGUGUUGGACACGAGAUUAUUUCUACACUACGUGCCAGCAUUGCAGAGCUUGUGGAAAGAUGUGUCGAUCAGAAGAGCAUUCGACAGAAGAAGAGAAUUUCAAUUGAGUGAUUCUGUUCAAUACUUCUUGGAUAAUCUCGAUAGGAUUGCGAGAGUGGAUUAUACACCCACUCAUCAGGACAUCUUACAUUGUAGAAAGGCGACAAAAGGAAUUUCUGAAUUUGUAAUAUCGAUCAAUAAUAUCCCAUUCCUUUUUGUUGAUGUUGGUGGUCAAAGGUCUCAGAGGCAAAAGUGGUACCAAUGCUUUGACUGCGUGACGUCUAUACUUUUUCUUGUAUCGUCGUCAGAAUUUGAUCAGGUUUUGCUUGAAGAUAGGAGGACUAACAGAUUGGAGGAAUCAAAAAAUAUAUUUGAUACAAUCGUGAACAACAUGAUAUUCCGUGGUGUUUCGAUAAUUUUGUUUCUAAACAAAACGGAUUUACUUGACAAGAAAGUGAGGUCACAAGAUACAAAUGUUCGUUUGUAUUUCCCACAAUUUACGGGUGAUCCACAUUCCAUGAAGGAUGUGCAAAAUUUUAUUCUCGACAUGUUCGUUUCGGUAAAGAGGGAUCCGAGGAAGCCGUUGUUUCAUCAUUUUACCACCGCGGUGGAUACAGAAAACAUAAAAGUCGUCUUUAAUGCUGUGAAGGAUACUAUUCUGCACCGCAACUUAGAGUCCCUUAUGCUUCAAUAAUGUAAAAACAGAAGAAUAAUUAACCAAGAUAAAAAGCAGCUAGUGAAACAAAGGUACGCGAUCAGAAAUUUAACAUUUAAUAUAUUAUUAAUCUAAUCUGUAGUUUUCGAAGAAUAUUGCAAUAUAUGUUAGGUCAAAACGCAUUUUGAUAAGACAAUAUAUAUAUGUACGGAUAUACGACUUUUGAAUAUUUACCUUCAUAUAUAGAUACAUUUAUACGUUUAGAUAGUUAAAAAAACUGCCUGAUAUAUUAUAAAGAUAUAUUAAAAAAUAUUUGACUUUACAUACACUGUGUGAGCAUACACGCGCGCGCGCGUGUGUGUGUGUCCAUACAGCACAGAGAACAUUUCAGUAAUGUUGCAACGUUGCUGCGAUAUUGUUGAAAUGUUAUGUUCCGUGUUGUAUGAGUUUUCAUUGUGUGUUUUGAUGAAUAUUAAAUAGUUGUAAAAUCAUUACAUACAAAUUCUAUUGUACAUAAUUAUUUAUGUUUAUUAUAUUGUCAACAAUUUCAACGAUAAAUAGAUUGACACGUUUGUAUAGAAAGAAAGGAUCAGUUAUAAAAAUAAUUCAGUUUAGAUUCCUACAUUCAUAAAAAAUAUAUAAUAAUUCGAUAUUUUUUCUCAUAAUUUAAUACGUAAGAUUAUUACUGAUUGCUGUAUUAAACCAGAAUUCGCAAAUCUACAAGUAACUUAUUUUUUAUUUAAGAUUGAUUACUUUUAUUACCAAAUGCAUUAAUCGUUUGGGUGAAGAAACAUGAUUGCGCUCUAUUUUUUUCUAUAAUGAAAAAAAAUUCAACAAAAGCUUUGUUUCUUUUUUUUUCCCCUUUUAUAUUCAGUAUCAUUAGCAAAUAUUUGAAGUUAGUUUGAUUUAAUAACCGAAUCGAUUAAUAAUAAAAUAAAGUUCGAUUGAUAAAAAAAGUAUAAUUGAGGCUAUAUGAAUAAAAAUCAUGUAAAAAUUGAAUACAUGAACGAUGCAACGACCUAUCGCUGCGCUUGCUCAGCGUUUUUCGUCUAGAUUUUACGACUAUUUCCGGCGCUUAAACGAUUAAAACGACAAGAAGACCAAAUAUUAGAUUCAAGCUAUCUAAACCAAAUGAAGCUAACCAGUUUGUGUUCAAAUUGUUGUAAGAACAAAAAGGUUCACCUGUCUUUUUAAGGAGAAGAAAUAUUAUUCCAUACAAUAUUUCAAUCUUUGUAUUUUGCAUUCUAUAAAUUAAUUCCAGGCUGCUGUUAUUGUCAAGCUGAAAACAAUUGCAUUAACUGAAACUGUAUCCUUUCUUUAUAUAAAAAAUGUAACAUUGAUUGAAAAUUUAUAAAUUCUUUUUUAUGUAUCUAAUUCUGUAUAAAUCAUGUAUUUAAUGUUGGAAAGAGUUUUGUAUGCUUUUUAAAAUUAUGAAGUAUAAAAUUAAUUAUAAAUUUAAAAAAA